UUAUAGUAGUUGGUUUGAAAUUAACUUAAACAGUCACUGCUGGGUUGUCUACAGUGUUGUGAGGAAUUAGCGUCAUGGCUGAGACGUAUAUAUCCGUGAAGACCAAAACAGCGGUUCUAGUGCUGUUAUUUAUGGCGUUGGUGAUCAAGGAAUCGAACGCGCGGCCUCCGUGGCUGUCUCCAGACAGCGGGGUGUUCACCGAGUCCGCGGAAUGUCAUACGGAUGACGAACUUCUGGAUCUGUGUCAGCGCUGCGCGAAACUCACAAAAUCCAAACUGGCCUACCCAGCUUGCUGCUCAACCGAUCUCAUGGCCAGGAAGUGGUGCUCAGACUACGUCUACUUCGGCAGAGGACAGUACGACUUCUAUCUCAUUUGAUGACGUCACACGCAGUCUUGAUUUCAGUUUUUAUACUCGGAAUUUAUUCGAUACAUAAAUAUGUUAAGAUUGUCUUACUUAAGAUGUUAUCGCAAUUAUUUGUGUGAGUGAUUAUGAAAUUAUCAAAAAUAAUUGCAUGUAUAUAUACCAUACCUUAAUCAACACUCACGACGCGUUCGUUUUGUGAAAAAUGUUCAGGGAAACGCGUAAGAUGAUUUGACUAAAAAU